AAAUGGCCGUCAUCGCCGUGCAACUUGCAUCACACCUUUUUCGCGACAACCUCUCCUGUAAUCUGUAAUCAGCUUACAGUUUAUUAAAACAGGUACCUAACAUAAUAAGACCACCUUUCUUUCUCUUUUUUUUCUUUUCUUUUUUUUUAUCUCUCCCUCGUGAGGUAAAUUCGUCGGAAGUCUCUGUGAGAAUUUCCCACGGAUUUUAUCAUCUCAACUCCUUGUACAUACAACCUGCUUCUGCGGCUCUGACUUGCAAAAUCAGAGCCGCCAGAGAAUAGGUUCACCUUCAACCAUCCAACUAUCCACCCACCCACCUAUCACCAAGAGAGCUGGCUAUAGCUCCAGGAGGAGCCACUAGUCAAAAUGGCUGCUUGGAAUAUCUUCCGAAUACUGGGAGACUGCUCCCAUCUCCUCUCCAAAUGUAUCCUCAUAUUCUCCAUCCAUCGAAACAGGAGCGCUGAAGGCGUCUCCAUGAUCACCCAAGCCUUCUACGCCGUCGUCUUCUGCACGAGGUACACGGACUUCUUCAGCGAGACGUCCACCUGGAACUACUUCUUCAAGCUCUUCUACAUCCUCUCCUCCUUCUACAUCAUCGCCAUCAUGCGCUGGUUGUUCCCGCGCACCAGGGAGCGCGAGAUCUCCUGGAAGCUCGGCGCCGUCGUCCUCAUGGGCUCCCUGUUCAUAUCCCCCUUCGUCAUGCUGAUCUUCGAGAGGCGCUGGGGUUUCUUCACGUGGAUGUACGACUUCUCCCUAAUCCUCGAGUCCGUAUGCGUGCUCCCGCAGCUCCUCCUCCUCCGACAGACCAACGUGCCGACCGUCAUCGACUCCUUCUACCUGCUGACGCUGGGUUCGUACCGGGCCCUGUACAUCCUCAACUGGAUCUGGCGGGAGCUCGACGUCAACGACCGCAAGCCCAACGCCGUGUCCGUCAUCUUCGGCGUCAUCCAGACCGCCUUGUACGUCGACUUCUUCUGGGUCUACUAUACCCGCCAGCGCGUCAAGCUCCGCGCCGGCGGCAUCGUCGACUCGGACGACAUCCGCCGCGGUUGGCUGCUCGCUCGCAUCUUCGGGAACAAGCGCUUCCAGGCCGCCGAGACGGACGACGAGGAGAGCGCCCCGGCUCUCGGCGGCGGCGGCGGCAAUGGUCAGCAGCAGCAGCAGCGUAGGUCGAGGUGGGGUUCCAGGGGUAUCUCGAUUAGUGCCGACGAGGGUGUUCACGAGCACGAGCAGCAGCGGAAUCGCGGCAGUAGCAGCAGCAACGACGACUUCAGCGACGCGGCUGUGGACCCGGAUGCCAGGAUGAGGGAUCCCGACGAGCUUGCUCGGGUCCUUGAAGAAGAUGACGACGAUGAUGAGGGGCUACCGGAGCCGGCUGCUGCGCCGUCGCACUCGGAGCCGAGUAAGAGUGCGAAUGGAGUUACGAACGGAAGCGAAUGGCGGGAGACGUGAGCUAUAGGCUGAAUGCGGGAAGGGGGCUUCUUAAGGGCCUAACUUUACCUGUACCUACCUGACAUUCGAAUGGCCACG